AAUCAAUACAAUAUGAAGCUCCUUACGCUCGCAGCCGCCGCGGCCCUCCCCACCGUCUCCCUCGCCUGGGAAUUCACCUGGCACAGCGCCGACGGUGAGUCGCACACCGAGUCCGGCAAGGGCGCCAGCGAAUGCAUCAAGGUCAACCACGCCAAGGGCGAGGUCUUCCGCAUAGACUCCAAGGGCGAGAAGUUCAUCGACAUGCGCCUGUACGACACGGACGACUGCGAGGGCGAUCCCUCCGGUCAAGCCAGCAAGUUCUUCACCAAGGAGUCGUCAAUCGCCAUUAAGGGGUUCCAGGUCGUGCAGUUGAAUGAAACAGGUGCGCCUGAUGAUAAGGAGGAUGAGGAUGAUAAAGACGAUGAGGAUGACUUCACCCUUCCGACUGUUUCGUCCACGCCCACUCCUACUGCUACUUCAACUUCUGCGGACGGGGGCGCGAAGCCGACUGGUGCGUCCGGGUCGACUACCCCAUCGCCGACGCCGUCGGGGUCGCUCGCUGCGCCUGUUGUUGGUGGAAACAUGGGACAUGUUGCGGGAGCAAUUGGUGUUGCCUGUGUUGUGGCAGGUUUGUUUGGAUACUAG